CUCGUGGCGAGCGCAAGCACGCUCCCUCCCUUGCUGAGAUCGUCGCCUCGGACGGACGUUUGCGAUCUUCCGAGAAUUCAAAUCCUCCCCCUUCCCUCCAAUAAAAAUAAAAAAAUAAGACAGGUUAGGUAACCCCAUCUCCUUGCGCCCGUCCUCUUAUUCCGCUCCCCUUGUCCGCGAGAAAGAGAGAGAAACCCUUCUUGAAUUCCCCAAUCCUUCCUUCCUCCCAUGCCGAGGAGCCUCUCAUCCCCCUCGAAACCCUAACCAUAACUCUCUUCUCCUUAGACAUUUAGGGCUCGGCUAGGGUUUCUUUCUUCCCUUCUUGUCUGCUUCUCCUCGGCCUUCUUGCUUCAUCUCUUACCAAGAACGGCCGUAGAGGAGCGAGGUCAGGUCGGGCCUUUUGGACUGGCAUUUUAGGACUAGGGUUUCGGGGAUGUCGAGCAUGAACCUCCGCUCGUCGGUCUCUUCGUCAUCGUCUGCCCCGGCUUCAUCGGCGCUGGCGAAGAGGCCGGCGGUCGAAAAUGCCGCCAAGGUCGCAGCAGCUGCCUCGGAGCAGGCCAAGAAGAGGGUCGCGCUCGGGAAUAUCACCAACCAGAGCAAUGCGGGGCGGAACGCUUCUCGUCUGCUGGGAACGAAGGGGGUCCAUAGGGGAAGCACAACAAGUUCAUCAUUGAAUGUGAAAAAGGGAUCUGUCCUAUGUGUUCGUGAUACAAACCUGCCUAGGAGCUCUGUGACUGCAUCAGCUGCUACUAUAUCUAGCAAGGAUGUUUCACUUCCACUACAUCAUGGGCCAACAUCCACCACUGGUACCUGUCCUGAACCUUGCAGUAUUGUCAUAUCUCCCAAUCGCUCUGGAGGUUCUGUUUCUUCGGAUGAAACUAUGUCUACAUGUGAGUCCAUGAGAAGUCCAGACUUUGAGUAUAUAGACAAUGGAGAUUCUUCUGCAAUUGCUUCUUUGGAGAGGCGGGCAAUCAAGAAUCUCCAUAUCUCUGACCAUGCAAAUGCAGCAGGAUCUGUAUGGAAGAGGGAUGAUCCUGUGCUGAUGGAAACAGAUGAUAUUUUUGAUGUUGACAACAAUCACAAGGAUCCACAGUUGUGUGCAACACUUGCACCUGAUAUAUACAAGCAUCUACGCACAGCAGAGACUGAAAAAAGGCCUGCUACUGACUUCAUGGAAAGGAUUCAGAAAGACAUAAAUGCAAGCAUGCGUGCUAUCCUAGUAGAUUGGCUUGUAGAAGUUGCAGAGGAAUACCGUCUUGUACCUGAUACAUUAUACUUGACUGUUAAUUACAUCGAUCGGUACCUUUCUGGCAAUGAGAUGAAUCGCCAACGAUUGCAACUACUUGGUGUUGUUUGCAUGUUUAUUGCUGCAAAAUAUGAAGAGAUAUGUGCCCCACAAGUGGAAGAAUUUUGCUACAUAACCGACAAUACGUACUUCAAGGAUGAGGUUUUACAAAUGGAAGCUGCUGUCUUGAAGUACUUGAAGUUUGAAAUGACAGCUCCAACAGCCAAGUGUUUCUUGAGGAGAUUUGUCCGUGCUGCUCAAGGAUGUGAUGAGGUUCCACUGUUGCAGCUUGAGUUCCUUGCCAACUAUGUUGCAGAGCUAUCACUUCUCGAGUACAAUAUGCUUUGUUAUUCUCCAUCCCUAAUUGCUGCUUCUGCAAUAUUCUUGGCAAAGUUCAUACUGCAGCCGAUGAAGAAACCUUGGAAUGCCACACUUGGUCAUUACACAUUAUAUAAGCCAUCUGAACUCUGUGAUUGCGUAAAGGCUUUGCAUCAACUUUUCCAUAGUAGUCCUGGCAGCAGCCUACCUGCAAUAAGAGAGAAGUACAGUCAGCACAAGUACAAGUUUGUGGCCAAGAAAUACUGCCCUCCUUCAAUACCAUCUGAAUUCUUCCAAGAUCCAGUCAACUAGAGGUCCUUUGUGCGGCAUCAGAUCCAAUUCUUUGUUGGAGUAUUCUGCCUCAUGAGUUAACUGCUGAUUGAGAUCGUUCAACUGGCAGAGGCUGAAGUAUCCUAUGUUGUGAGCAUUGCUUAUGCUUCAGUUACGUGCUCACUGAUCAGUGGGCUUUUCUGUUUGUAUAUUUCAUCUUGCAGUCUUUUUCUUUCUUUUCAAUAAUUUUAUGAUGGUGGUUUUGCGAAAUCUCAGCUCUAGAUGUGUAUUUGCGUUUUGACUUGCGAUGUGUCACGGAAGUGACAUCUUCAUGUACAUGCGAUCUUGUGCUAGAUUAUAAACCAGAAGCAUGCUAAAACUAAGUCAUGUUCUAGUCUGGGAAAGCAUAUGCUACACCGCAAGUCCUUUGUUGGUUGAUGGCGCAAACUUUUGUAUGCAGGUGCUCCCUUUGUUGUCUUCCAGUUGUCAUGGUUUCUAUUUUGACAAA